UGUGUAUUCCCUCUCAGUUCCCGCAAAGAUCCAGCGCUGCUAGGAGGGCGGCGGGGACCGAGAGUCCAGCUCCAGCUUGGGGAGUUCCAAACAGCCUGUUAAAGACCUCGGUUGAACUACAGAAGCACACAGGAAUGGCUGAAUAGCAUCAGUGCCAGUAGGCGGACAGUCUUCGCCCACCUAGUGAGGCUGACCUUGAUUGGUGGGCUUUAAUGAAGCAGGCGGAGUCAGUUUCCAUGGUGUGAACACAACAAGACAGGCAGCGAGGACUUCCUGCCAAGCCUGAGCAUCGCAGAUUGCAAACAAGAUAGUUUACUCCUAGACGAGGAGUUCUGGUCAUAUGAGAACUCCGUGUUUAGUUUCAGUCUUUUGAAGAAUUACCAACUGCUUUCCGAAGUGACUGAAUCAUUUUAUAUUCCCAUCACGAGUUGCUUUUCUUGAUCAUGGAAUUGACCAAACUGUCCGACAUGACAAAGCUCCACCAAGCUGUGGCUGCAGGGGACUACAAUUCAGUGAAAAAGAUUUUGAAGAAAGGUCUCUGUAACCCAAACUACAAGGACGUGGACUGGAAUGACCGAACCCCACUUCACUGGGCUGCGAUCAAGGGACACAUGGAGGUGCUACAGCUCCUGAUAGAACACGGAGCCCGGCCGUGCCUGGUAACUGAUGUGGGCUGGACCCCCGCUCAUUUUGCAGCUGAAUCAGGCCAUCUGAACGUGCUCAAAGCCCUCCAUGCCUUGCAUGCCGCCAUCGACGCCCCCGACUUCUUUGGAGACACGCCAAAGAGGAUCGCACAGAUCUAUGGGCAGAAAGCCUGUGUGGCAUUCCUGGAAAAGGCUGAACCCCAGUGCCGGGAAUAUCGCCAGGCCUCCAGGCGGAUGGGGCUGCAACUCGAUCAGCGAGAUGAAGACUGGGAUGCCAAGAAGAGGGAGCUGGAGCUGUCUCUUCCUUCCUGGAAUAAAAACACUAAUAAGAAAAAGAGCAAGAAAACUGGAGGCCCCAGCAGGCUCAGCAAUACCAAGGAGAGGGGAGCAUGAGAGGCCCGCCUCCCAGGGACUGUAGCUGUGUUACCUGGCGGGACACUUUCCAUGUGCCGGACUAGGUGUUGUAAGGUAUGUGUUGUCCUGGCGUGAUUUUACUCCAAGAUCCUCAGUUACCCACAUGGCUUUGACUGGUAGCUCCUGAUCUGUCAUUGAAUCCUUGAGUCUGGCCUGGGCACUCUAUACAUGGGCUGUUCCCUCCAUGUCAAUACCCAUUGUCUCCAAGAGCUACCAAGAGAAGACAAAUAUCAGCUGCUUGCAUUUUGUCAUCAGUGAUUUGCACUGUGAGCAUCUCCUGAGCCUCUAUAUGCAAUUACAGAGUUUCAGGGGCAAAGAAAACUUCUGCUAAGGAAAGUUAGUUGUUUCAAUGGAAGAAAAAAAAAGCAACAACAAAAUCUCAGACAUCUCUAACAUUCUCACGUCAGUUAAUCUAUGAAAAAAAAAAAUUACUUGUUGUCAUAUAGACCAAGAAAAGAAGUGAAGAGAUGUAGCUUUGAGUUUCCAGAUAUGUGUGUGUGUGUGUGUGUGUGUGUGUGUGUGUGUGUGUGUGUGUGUGUGUGUGUAGGUGGGGUACAAGCCCACAAUCUAGCAGAAAAAAUUUGGCCAUAACAUUAGCUCUGUGAAAAAUUUAAAACCUUAAUUUUAUUCUGCUUAUGAGAGCUGGGAUAAAAUCAUGGAACUUGUAACUAUAACUUUAGUUGAUCAACUGUAUAUUUUAGGAUAUCUAAAUAUAGAUCAGGUAUUAUAUGCUAUAAAUGUGAAGUACAGAUGGUAAUUUUAAGACUUAGAAUAAAAAAUGUAAAAUAGCUCAUCAAUAAUAUUAAUUGCAGGUUGAAAUAUAAUAUUUUGAAUAUUGGGAUUAAAUAAAACAUAUUACUAACAUGAAUUUUGCCUUUCUCCUUUCAGUUUUUUAAAAAUGUGGCUAGUAGAGUGUUUAAAAUUGCAUAGGUGGCUUGCUUUUGUUUCCUUCUGAAACAGUACUACAGUAGAAACAGACAAUAUUUAGAAUCUCCACUAAGUAGCUGAUCUGGUGCUCUUGAAUUGUCUAUCCCACAUUCUAAGUUUAUUAAUUUUUCUGCCAAAAUCAGUGUCUUGAGGCACCUGACAUUGUGUUAAUUAUAUGCUCCUCAAUACUUAUAUAAAUACAGGUUGAAUUUUCUAAAAUAAAUAAAUGCUUGAGCAUCUUACAGGAAACCAGUGUAGCUGUGGAGGACACCCUGGCUAGUGUUCAUCCCUCUGGAGCAUCAAUUUUCUUUCUCUCAUCCCUGCAGUUUAUAGACGUGGUUCCUGCUUGCCAUCCUUGUAUUGGUCCUCAACAAGCAGCAGCUCGAGCUGGACCACUGCGUCUUCUUCUGGGAGUGUGAAUGGGGAUACCCUGGGCUUGCUGGUUUUGAGAGGGUAACAGGCAGGAAGGACAGGAGUCUCCAAAUGGAGGAAAUAGGCUGCAAGUGCC